CCUCAUCUCUGGGCACCCUGUGCUUCUUCCUUUAUAUCCAGUCUAAAUCUCUCCUCAUUUAGUUUAUAUGUUACACAUUGUGAGAAUAACCAGAAACAAAAGGUCUGAUUUAAUUUUUCUCUAUAUUUGUUGAUUUUAUUUUUAUGCCCCUCUAAUUCCUUUCUGUUGAAAUGACUUAAUCUCAUUAUUUUCAAAUUCUGCUCACAUGAGAAUCUUUCCAUAGUAAUUAUCUUUUUUUUUUUUUUUCCCCAUUUCCUCAUCUGGCAUACUCAGAACUGAGCAGAGUACUCAGUGAAGCCUCUCAGUAAACCACCUCUGCUUUAUUUGCUUUUAAUGCAAGAAGAUCCUACAGCCUUUAUCCAUUUCUGUAUGUAGAUGGUCUGGAAGGGUGCACCAUUUUGUGUCCCACGAGGGAGUUAAUGUCAUGCAUGCUUGUCUUGGCUGAUAGGAACAAGAAUAAUUAAGUCUCACAUAAAAUACCUGCACAUACACAAUGGAGGAGACUAAGUGAGCAGAACUGCUGAGGUGGGAGGGACCGUAUAUAUAGGGUUACAAUUACAGGGUUGGCAAGUUGAGAGCAAAAUCAUAGAAAGCAAAGUUGCUUGGCUGGUGAUCUCUGUGCCUGUUAGGAAGGAAGAUGAGCUUCUUGCACCCGGCCCUGGAUCCCUGCCUGCAGUGAGGGGCAGGUUUCCUGAAUGAAUGAAACCAGUGCUCAGCAAUAAUUCCCCAACAAGAUGGAGCACGGGCAGCUGUGAGCUCACGGAUUUGCAGCCAUAGAAGAUAGGAAAUUUCAGGCAAGUUUACAUUGCAGCUGGAGUUAAGACACCCAGUGCAGGAGGAAAAUGUGCCUGGAGCGAGUUAAAUUUCUGUAUAAAACAAAUUACUUAUAAAUUUUAUAGACAUGGCAUUUGUUUAGAGUAAAUGAAUUGACCAAACAGAAGCUAAGCUUGAUGUUCCAGAGGAAGAAUUUAUUUCACGUAAGUAAACCUCAUUUUUAUAUAACUUAAGGCUUUCUGCAUGUAUUUGAAGGACUCUGCCCUGCAAGCUGCAGGCAGAGCUGUGUGCUGGGUGGGAGAUGUGAGCAAUGGUUGCCAUUCCCGCAGCAGCUUGAAGGAUCAGAGCAUCUUUAAAACAUAAAUGCAUUACCUGGGCAUGGCUUUAACACUCUUAAAUAAGGACUGAACCUGAUUUUAUAUUAACAUUUCUUGUAUCUUGGAGUUACCUCUAUCUUUCAUUGGAAUGAAUAAGACAAGAACCAGACCUGCAGUGUAUGGUGUCAUGUAAGUAACAGCAUAGUUUUCCUGCUCUCAUGCUGCCCUAAACUAACAGUACUAUCUAUGGGAUUGGUGUAUAUAAAUCUCUGCUAGCACACAGAAUAGAGUCAAUAAAUCAUGCUGUUAGUGCAGCCAGGCCCUUGGGACAGCUGCCUUUGGUGCAGCUCCUGUCCCAUCACCACUGUGUGAUCCUGUCCAUACACAGGGGCUGGUCCCACACAGCACUGAGCUCUGCCUCUCACUGAAACACAGCAAGGGCUGCCCCAAACAAGCAGGGUGUGUGCUGCAGCCUCAGUGAGGCCCUCGGUGGUGCUGCUGUUCCUGAAACCGAGAGGUCAUUUUUCAUGUGAUGUCAUGACAGCGGUGCGGAUGGAAAGAAUCCACUUUUUACCAAUAGCAAAAGUUCACGGAAGUUCUUGAAAUUUCUGUGGGUAUGAUGAAGUCACCUGUUUACCCAUCUGUGAUUGCUGAUAAGCACUGAAGGCAGGUGAACAGUAAAAAGCAGAUUACAGAAGGUGGCAUCUGCCUGGCACGUGCCUUGUUGAGCUGAGGCUAACACAGCUUCAGCAUGUGCCUCCUGCUCUUCUAGGCAGAAAUCGGGCUGCUGGUGAUCUCCAUUCUGUCCUGCUAUCAGACAAGCUGGCUGAAAUUUGAGUUCUUCAAACAGGGAAAUCAAUAGGGAAAAAAUGUUUUGUUUAGGAAAAAAAAAAAAUUUGAGAUUUGGACAGAAUGCUAAAAUAGGAAAGGCUUCAUGUCAGUGUGGUUUGUUAGCAGACUUGCAAGUCUUCUCUCUGCCUUUAGUUUAAAAAUAUUAAAGCAGAAAAAAAGUUAAAAAUUCAGACAACUCAUUUUAGUAUUACCCACUUGUGUGGUGCUGCUCCAUGUCUCAUCCCCUUUGCCUGCAUCCACAUCUGAUGUCGCCUUUGGUCCUGACCAGCUGAGGGCUGAGCUUGUGUCUCUGUUGACACACAACAGGAUCUCACUAACUACUUAGUUCUGUAAAAAUAAGGUUAAUUCUGUAUACGUUGAUUUUAGCAUCAGAUCUGUAAGGUUUCCAGUAGGAGUGGCUUGCAGAAAUAUGUGGCACGUUUUCUUGUUUAAUUUUUCUCUUCCUUGUAGUAGCUCCACAUUUUCUCCUGGCCUGACAAAAUAGAUAUUUAACAUAGAAUCACAGUACCAUUUGAGUUGGGAGGUAACCUUAAAGGUCAUCCCAUCCAACUCCCUGCAAUGAAUAGGGACACCUACACUGGAUCAGCUGCUCAGAGCCCCAUCCAGCCUGACCUUGAGUGUCUCCAAGGCCAGGGCAUCCACCUCAUCUCUGGGCAACAUAAAAAAAUUAUUUCAUGUUAAACUCUAAAUUUGAGGUACUUGACAGGCAAAUCAUUUUGAAUGAACUGAAAAUAAAAGCUCUGUGACUUGCUUGGCCAGUAAAUUAAAAUUGUUAGGCUUCAGUCACUCAGACCUCUUCUAGAUAAACUUGCUGACCUGGAUGUGAUAUCUUGGCUUCUACACAGCCUGUUAAAUCUGAUCCCAAAGUCCACAAUGCUCUUCUUCUUUCAUGGGUUUGUAAUUGUAUGUAGCAACUACUGCCAUCAUAGAGGUGGCCAAAGAAAGCUCGGCAUUGGAUGGUGCAGCCAGCCAUGAAACUGGAAACUCCUGAUAAUGGUGGCGUGAUGCUUUCCAUCCCAGUUCCCUCAGCCACUAUUACUGCCUGCAGCUCACUGACUCAUCCUGUGGCUCUGCUCUUGUAGCUGGUUUUCCAGAUUCUUGCAACAGCUCCUCCUGCCUGGCUCUGGGAUGUCGUUUGCCUUGAGAAUAUCAGAGAAUGUGCUGAUCUGCUCUGUGCAGUGAGACACGGAUGGGGCUUUCACCUGUGAAGUGGGAGGUAGUGUGGGCCUGUAGUGCUUUCUGUUUCCCUUGCUGUGUUAUGCUUGAUGAGGAGUGGAUCACUGAGGGUGAUGCUGACAGCAGUGCAAAGCUAUCCGGGCUCCACCAGGUGUCAGUGUGCACCUCUCUACUGUGGUAUUUCUCCUUUUGUGUUUUCAUUCUUACCAGCCCUUCCAAAUUAAAGGAAUGUAGUAGAAUUAAGGAACAUAGAACUGAGCAUUAGUGGAGGUUAUACAUGUGGUGUAAAUCAGCAUUAUUUCAUGAACUUCUAUGGGAGCAGAUGCAGGCUUAACUACUGAGGAGUCUGGUUGCAUGUUUUGCUGUAAUACUUGCAUCUUUGAAUAAUUCCCUGUCAGUAGGCAGAGCAUGGAGCUGGGCGAGCUGUUAGUUCUCAAGGUUUUCUUUAUUUCUGAACAUAUGCAAUAAAUGAUUUUAGGUAACACUGGUGGUGCAAGCAAAGCUUCCACAACUACUGGUAUUGCCUGUGCUGUGCUAUUACAUACAAAAUGUCAAGAUUAAACAGUGCCUAAAUUUGUUUUCCUAUUAAAAGUCAACUGCAAUCCUUUACUAAAUAGAGAAACAUAAAUGCACAAUCUUAAAACUGUUCCUUCCCAGCAUACUGUACUCAUGAAGCUAGUAAUCUCUGAUGAAAGCUUUUGAACUGUAGAAGCAGAAUUGUAGUUCUACUUACUGAUAUACUGUAAUUCCUAGGUUUCCACAAAAAGCAUAGUCUCACAGUUUUGGCACUUCUCUCUCUGUAUUUAUUUCAAUACGUAGCUGAGAACUGCUUUUGUUAUAUUCAGUUUUAGGCACAGAUGUCACCCUUUUCUGGCCUGUGAGUGCUCUGGCAUAUUGAGUUUCUAGCUCUGUUGGGUACUUACAGACCACUGCUUCCCAACCCUCGAUAUACUUGUCUUCACAGCCGUGUUUGGAAGGAGGAAAACAGGACUGUGGAGUUCAUUUGGGUGUGUGGAAGCAGCAGUUAGAGAUUUAUCCAGAUUGCUUUGGUUUGUUUCAAUCUACUGUCUUUGGUAGAUAGAAGUCACACACGUGGCAGUGUGUUUCAGUUAACAAGAGCCGUAAACAAGGCUUUACAAGAAUGCUUUUUACAACAUAAGAGGCCUCCAUGCAUUAGUCAUCAAAACAAACAGAAUUUGACUUAUUUUUUUCAAAACAAGGUCUUAGUAACUGGGACAGAUAGACAGAAUGAAAUUCAGAAACGGAUGCACCAAAAUGCUAGGAAUUACAACUCCUUUGCAAUAGGGAUGUUUGUGAGGGAUGUCCACAAAGGGUUCCUCAGCUGAAAUGUAUCAGUUUUUAUACUUAAUCACAUGCUGGUUUGUUAAAUUACCCUUUCUUACUUUACUGCACUGAUCCUUCUUUUCUCAUCAAAAUCGUGGUGUAAUGCUGUGUGAACAGGUAGAUGAUUAAUCUCUGUAGCCCUUUAUGAUUACCUGGUACUGAGGAGCUGCUGGGAACAUCUGGAAACAUCUGAACACCAUGUUAGGACAAAAAGUGCAAUGACUUGUUAGGAAUUCAGAUGUUAGACAGAUAUUAGAGCAUAUUUUACUUAGAAACAUAUCCUGUCUUUCUCCAGUGGGAUUCUUGUCGUAUGGCCCUGCAUUUGUGGUGCUUUGAACGUUCAGGUAUUGCCACUGGCUGUGUACAAAGAUGUCCCUGCUGCCUGGAGCACAACUGUUCCAUAGCACAGCACCAGAGCUGUACACUUAGCUGAGAAGGCACAGUGUCCUCUGGGCUGUGGUGAGCUACUGCAGGAAGGUUCUAACCCAAGCAGAAAAUUCCCAACCCUCGGGUUACUAUGGAAUAGCCACAUUUGGUGUUGAAAUGCUCAUUCACAGUUGUGCAAGUCAGGGCUCAGGGACUGGUGCUUUGUACAGCCAUUCCCAAUUUGUGACAGUGUGACGGAGAGGAAAACUUACAUCUAUCUAAGAAUGAUGUUGCUUUGCCACUACCUGUAGGUAAACUGAUACACUGAGGUACACUUCAAACAGUCUAGUGGUCAAGCACUGUUGUAUUUCCAGCUCAAACUAGUGAUGGUCCAGUAGCAGUGUCUCCUUGGCAGCUGUGCCUUCAUCAGCCUGUUGCAGCAGCAGCUUGCAGUGAGAGCACACUGUUGUAUGGCAGUUAUCCAUAUCUCCAAUAAAGGUGUGCAGCUGAUGCAGCCUUUCAGGCAGAAAGCAGGGAUGCAGAGCAGAGCAUUGUCAGAGUUGCUCAUUGUGGCACCAGCAUGAGCCUGUGGGAGUUCCAGGCCAGAAUCCAGAUUUUGGUUCCACUCCCAGAAAGGUCAACGAAACCCAUUUGAAGGAGAAUGAUUUCAUCCCGUUCUGCACGCUGAGCAACUCGCCAAUGUUACUGCUAAUAGCAUGGGCUACUUCAGGUACAAGCUAAUGGAGUGCAACACUACAGAGUUUCUGUGCAGGUGAUUAGUGGAGCACAGGAGUGUAGGAUGCUGAGUCUGUCGUAAGUGGGAAGGAUCUCAUGUGGUUUCAGAGACCUUUAGGAAAUUCUUAAAUAUUUACCUAUUUAAUCAAUUCUUUCCUUUGGUGUCAUUCUCAACAUCAACUAAUCACCACCCCAUGCUGAAAUGAAACCCCUGUCUAAAACACCAGACUGAAAUCUGGUGACGCUGCAAAAGGACGUUUGGAACCGAGCAUCUCUUAUGAGGAAAGUGUGAAAAUAGCAUGGUGCUGAAAAAUGAUUCGAGCUAGAAGGAAAACACAGGUGUCACUGUGUGUUGAGGAUGUUAAACACUGCUGUGUGGGAUUCUGACUCUGUGCAGCACUUCUUUUCCAUGUCCCUUCACUUAAAAUAGAAUCACAGAAUUGCUCAGGUUGGAAAAGACCUUAAAGAUCAUGAAGUCCAACCGCAACCCAACCACACUACCCUAACUCUAACAGCCCUCCACUAAAUCGUGUCCCUGAGCAAAUAGUUCUUCUUAAAUCACAAAAAUCUCCUUUUCUUUCACAGAAGAGCAGAGCAGAUUCUGAAAUAAUCUCCAGAGAUGUUCUGCAGAUAUUUUUGCUUCUUCAGUCUGUGUCUUUUCCUUCAAACACAAAGGAAAUGCUCACUGGGACGUGUGUCCAGUCUGGGUGGCAGUGAUGCAGCAUCCUUGCCUGGAUUUGAGAACCUCACAAUGGGAUACAACAAAUACCUCAGGCCCUUCUUUGGUGGAGAACCUGUUCAAAUUGCAAUGAGCCUGGACAUUGCAAGUAUUUCUAGUAUAUCUGAGAGUGACAUGGAUUACACAGCCACCAUCUACCUGCGGCAGCGCUGGACAGACCCACGCUUAGUCUUUCAUGGCAACAAGAGCUUCACGCUGGAUGCUCGUCUAGUGGAAUUGCUCUGGGUACCAGACACGUACAUUGUGGAGUCAAAAAGGUCCUUCCUGCACGAUGUCACUGUGGGGAACCGCCUCAUCAGAUUGUUCUCUAAUGGCACUAUCUUGUAUGCCUUAAGAAUUACUACUACUGUUGCUUGUAACAUGGACCUAUCAAAGUAUCCCAUGGACACACAGACAUGCAGACUGCAGCUAGAGAGCUGGGGAUAUGAUGAAAGUGAUGUCAUCUUCACAUGGCUGAGAGGAAAUGACUCUGUCCAUGGCAUAGAAAAGCUGCGGCUCUCCCAGUACACAGUGGAACGUUACUACACCCUCAUCUCAAAGUCACAGCAGGAAACGGGCAGUUACCCACGACUGAUACUGCAGUUUGAGCUGAGAAGAAACGUCCUUUAUUUCAUUUUGGAGACCUAUGUGCCAUCUACUCUGCUUGUGAUGUUGUCCUGGGUUUCUUUUUGGAUCACUCUGGAUUCAGUGCCUGCGAGAACCUGCAUUGGAGUAACAACUGUGCUUUCCAUGACAACUCUGAUGAUUGGCUCACGAAGUUCGCUUUCAAAAACCAACUGUUUUAUUAAGGCCAUUGAUGUUUACCUCGGCAUCUGCUUCACCUUCAUCUUCGGUGCCCUCGUGGAAUAUGCAGUGGCUCACUACAGCUCAUCACAAAAACGUACAGCUAAAACACCUCGAGAGGGGUCUGCAAAUGAACUUACUAAAGAAAUGGAAGAAAUGAACAUCGCUGGCAUCCUCAGCAGCUCCAUCACCAGCUACAAACAGCAAAUUAGUUUUACAGGCAUUGAGAUUUCCAGUGAUAAUAUCAACUGCAGUGACUUGACCAUGAAAACUCAUGAGAAAAUCAAAUGCUUCUUGAGAAACAAAAUGUACAGGAUUAUCGGUUAUUUCACAAUUCAGAACCCCAGUAAUGUAGACCACUACUCCAAAUUGCUUUUUCCAUUGUUUUUUAUGCUGGUCAAUGUGUUUUAUUGGGCUUAUUAUUUAUAUUUUUAGCGGGAAUGGGUUUUUGUGUUCUCCCACUUCAGUGGGAAAGGAAUCCUGCCAAUGGUCAUCUCGCUACCUAACCUCAGUGAAUCCAGCAUAGACAAAAUGCGCUGUGUUUCCUGAGGUCUGGAGCAAAAGAGUGGGUGGGGUAUGUGAGAUGCAAAGCCUUCAUGCUUCAGCAUUCGCAACAGUGACUCUGGACACUUGCUUGUCCAGCUGAGUGGCUUUGCUGGGCUUUUGGCUGGUACGGGCUCUUCAUUCCAACACACAGCCUCUCUGGCCAGGGAAGGAUCUGUAGGACUGCAUGUGGCAGUCCACAGAUUACCAGAGGUAGCAAAAUUAUCCUGAUAACCUGAAGUGGAUUGGAACCUUCUAGUUUAGAUCUCUAUCAGGAUGUACAAUUAUAGCUGUUCUUCUGUGUUUGCCAGAGAUAACAGUAACAGGGACUGUGGCUGCCAUCUCAAUAGCUCCUCUGUUCAAAUAAGGGAACCCAAAGGCAGCAGUGUGCUGUGCACAGAGGAAUGGCUCCUGUGCAUGGCACUUCCCUGUCCCAGGGAUGAUGCAGCACCAGAGCAGUGAUUUCAGUGAUGCUGGCAGCAGCAAAGUGGUAUGCCUUGCUGUUUUUAAUACCUGGCAGACUCGGUGAGGUAAUCCCCAUUUGCUGAAGUUACCCAUCCCUAAGACAGAUGGAUGGGCUCUUCGUUUGUAAAGGUGUUUUGUUGUUGUUGUUUGUUUUUUGCUUUUUUUUCCCCAGAGAUUUGGGUACAGAGUCUAUGGGCAACAAAAGCCUUUUAUAACGCAUCUCGUGCUCUUCCUGUUGGGCUGCUUGCUGUUGUGCUGCACUUGAGCAGACUUCACUCCCUUCCAUGUCUUCCUCACAAAUAGAUUGUUUUUCAUCCUGGAGAGAGCCUUCAGUUUUCACUCUCAUAAGUAGCCCUUGUUUCUUGCCAGUCAUGCAAGAAUGGCCAGUUUGCUGUCCCUCUUUAUAUAUGGCUCUGCAGCUGUGGUGAGUCAGCAGUUCUGUUGGGUGAAAAAUCCACGAGUGGGGCUCAAGGCACAAUGAUCCAAAUCAGCUUUUUCCUUUCUAUUUAAGUCUGAAAAAAUUUGGGAACCAAAUGGCAAUUGUACUAUGUAUCUUCAGGAAGGGUCUCCAUUUCCCAAUUUAAAAAUCAACGUGUAUAGCAUGCUUUUUUCCCUCCUUUUUGGUUUAUGCAACUUUCAUUGCUUUGAAGGUAUAGUCUUGCAGUUUCGUAGGCAAAAAAGUAAUGACUGUAGUGGCUGCCAGUCAGCAGGAGCUUGAGCUGAAUGAGGUCUCAGCAUGCAGUUUAUAUCCUAGUCUCAUGCCUGCAUGAGUCCACAGUCUUACUGGGACUUGCUAUAGAAGGUGGGCAAAGCACGUGAAACUAUAGAUUAUUUUUUUAAACUUUAAUAACUUUUUAUUGAACCACCUCACCACGCUAUAUUGUGAAGGAUCUAAGCCACAUAUUCAUAAAUCAUAGAUUUUACAAAGAGCAGCACAAAAAGACAAAGGGGAACAGACUUACAGUGGCAAGUGAAUAAACACAAACUCUAAUAAUGAAAUGUUGGCUUGUAUAUACUGGCAUUUAAACUCCAUUCCAUAAAAUGUAAUAAAGUGAAUAUUGGUGAUAUGAACACAAACCCCCAGAGAGAUCCUCUAUUAAAAAAAAAAAUAAAAAUCAUUGCCCUCUUUCUUUGUCAAUUUCUUUCUUUAAAACCCAACUAAAAUGCCUUGUGCGCUCCGUAACAGCUGCCAAAUAUUAAUGUUAACAAAAGGAAUUUCUUUGUACAUUAUGGCAGAAGACGUAUGAGUUGCCUGAGCUGCCACUCUCAGUGCUUGCUUUCAAUAGAUGCUGCUUUUUUAUUUUACUUUUUUAUUCUUCUGUGGCUUUGAGGUUGCUCAGGGCUGGUUCUAAGUUACACAUCUGUGCAGCAAAGUGUCCUUCACAGGCUGGGCCAAGUGAGAGGCACGUUGUCUUGAAAAGUGUCAGCUCUAUCUGCUGAUUUUGUAAAUGCAUGGAGGGAGGGAAAGAAAGUGGUAAGAGGAGGAUUUUUUUUUUUUCAGUACCAUAUGAAAGUAUUACUAAGGAGCUACUGGAGUGGACAAAGGAAACGUCUAAAAAAGGUUUUUUAAAAAACUCAAUAUAUAGGAAGUAUGGGUUCCUGCUUUAUUUGCUCUUAUCGAUCACUUUUACUUCUAGUAAUGGACUUCACUUUAUAAAUCAUACACCGCAUGUUUGGCUGCUGUAACAUGAGGUCCUAAGUCUGUGGCCCGUCCGCAGGGUGGUCCUGAGGACUGUCAGCAGUCAAACCUACUCUCAGCAAAGAACAGAUGCAGAAGCACAAGACAAAGUAUAAGUAAGCCACCUGUGCUCCAUCCUACUGCAGGUACAUUGGGCAUAUUGGAGGGACCAAAGUUAAUUUUUUGCAAUUGCACAUUUUGCAGUGAAGCAAGUCAACUCAACUUCCCCAAUAGCCUGGAGUAGUCCUGUGUUUUGCUGGUGUUGCUGUGGUCCCACAUCUGGUUCUUGGCAGACAGGUGAGCAGCAUGAGCCCAUCUUUGUUCUUCAGAGUGGUCAGGGUGGUGCACUGCACGCUCCUGUCUUUCCUGUCCCUUUUAGAUGUUGUCUAACAUAAGCUAGAAGCACCACUAAGUUCAAGAUGGGAGACUUUCAUAUUCUGAUAGGUGUAUAAUAGAGAGCAAUUUCUGUGUUUCUGGUAUGCAAAGGUAAGCCCUGCUACCCUGACAGACAUCAAAUGGAAAUCUUCCUUUUGCACAGAGGACUGCUAUGUAACAUGUACACUGCUGGUGAGAGCAAAGCCACAGGUAAGCUCUGCACACAGGCUCUGGUUUGCUUAAGGGGUCAGCCUUGCUGUAUGCUUCAUAGGGAACAAGAGUUCUGAGCAGCAGCCCAUUCUCUGAAAGAUCUCUGGUCUCUCAGCUAAUCAGCUGAGCUGGGAGCUGUUUCAUCUCCCACUGACUACGUCUGCCUGACAGCACUGGCACCACAGAUCUGGACCCAAGAUCCACCCCUAACAUUCCCUGUUCCAUCACAAUGCCAUUUUCAUUGUGCUCUUGGCUAAAUGGAAAUGUAUGAAAGAAAAGGUUUACCUGCUUUUUUUCUGAGAUGAUUUUGCAGUGAUGGCCUGGUUUG